AAAAAGAAAGGCAGGCUCACCAACCAGCUGCAAUAUCUUCUAAAGGUAGUUGUGAAGGCUAUGUGGAAACAUCAUUUUGCAUGGCCUUUUCACGUUCCUGUCGAUCCUGAUAAAUUAGGAUUACCAGACUAUUUUAAAAUAAUUAAACAACCAAUGGAUUUAGGUAGUGUGAAGAAACGUUUAGAAACUAAUUAUUAUUACUCUGCUGAAGAAUGUGUUCAAGAUGUGAAUACUAUGUUCACUAAUUGUUAUGUUUAUAAUAAACCUGGCGAUGAUAUAGUGCUGAUGGGUAAAGCUUUAGAAAAAGUUUUCCUACAAAAAUUAAGUCAGAUGCCAGCUGAAGAAGUUGAAAUCCCUGCACCGACUAAGAAAGGUCCAAGAGGAGCAGCUGCUGCAUCAAUGGCUGCUGCUCAGGCCCGAAAGUCGACAUCCUCGACUUCAACAUCUGCAGCUGCAUCAACUACUAAUCUUACUGAUACUCCAUCAACAACAUCUACAUCCACGACAGUUCCUGCUACUUCAACUGAACCUGUCACCGCCACAACACAAACCAAUUAUAAUCAUGUACCUUCUCCCGCUGCCUCUUCUGAUGCUGCCCCUCCUUCACCAGUGUCUACUAAAUAUAUGAAAAAAGGUGUAAAACGAAAAGCUGAUACUACAACGCCUUCGUCUUAUGUUCCAACUGGUCCCCCGUAUGAUACAGUAUAUCAGCCGCCAAGAUCUCUAUUAAAGGCCGGACGGAGAGAAAGUGUACGUCAAAUUAAAAAACCUAAACGUGACCUGCCCGAUGAUCAGGCUCAACAUAGUUCAAAGAAUAAAAAAGCUAAAUUACCAGAUGUAUUAAAAUACUGUAAUUCUGUUCUCAAAGAAUUACUUUCCAAAAAACAUCAUGCAUAUGCUUGGCCAUUUUAUAAGCCAGUGGAUGCCAAGGCUUUAGCUUUGAGUGAUUAUUAUGAGAUCAUCAAGAAACCAAUGGACCUGGGAUCUGUCAAGAAAAAGAUGGAUAAUCGAGAAUACAAAUCUGGGAAUGAGUUUGCGGAAGAUAUACGACUUAUUUUCAGUAAUUGUUACCGAUAUAAUCCUCCAGAUCUUGAUAUCGUGGCUAUGGCAAAGAGGUUACAGGAUGUGUUUGAAAUCAAGUUUGCCAAAAUACCAGAAGAGAGAGCUGGAACACCUGAACCGACUGUACCUUCAGCUUCAGCGUUAGGUAUCAAGUCUGAAGAUAAAUUUAACAGUGAAUCUGAAAUGAGUAGUAGCCCAGCCUCUAGUGAUAACGAGGAUGAUAGCGAAGAAGAACGGGAACAAAAAUUAAAAGAAUUACAGGAGCAAUUGCAAAGACUUCAGGAGCAACUAUCUAAAUUAACUUCCGAACAUAUGCGCAAGUUAAAGGAGAAGAGAGAAAAACAGAAAAAGAAAAAGAAGAAAAUUAAGAAAGAAAAACCUGAAGAAAAAAAAGCUAAAGCCAAAUCUCCCUUGCGUAAUUCAACUAAACGACCAAAAUCAGUGAAUAAUCGUGCUACUGGCUCUAAGAAAAAAUCUGUGGCUAAUUUACCUUUAAUUCCACCACCGGAUAGUGAGGAUGAGGACAAUGCACAACCAAUGACUUAUGACGAAAAACGUCAACUCAGUUUAGACAUUAAUAAAUUGCCAGGUAAGAAACUUGGUCGUGUUGUUCAUAUAAUUCAGUCUAGAGAACCGUCCCUUCGAGAUUCCAAUCCUGAUGAGAUUGAGAUUGAUUUUGAAACUUUAAAGCCAUCCACAUUACGAGAACUGGAAUCUUAUGUUAUGUCUUGUUUAAAACGAAAGAACAAAAAACCCUAUGCUCGAAAGCCCAGUGGUAAAUCAAAAGAUGAAGUUCAAAAAGAAAGGAAGAAAGAUUUAGAAAAAACGCUCCAAGGUAUUCAAGAACAACUUGGUACCUCAGCGAAAAAAAUGAAAAAAGAAAGUAAUACAGUUGAUGUUGUUGGCGGUCCAAGUCGGUUGAGUGCCAGUAGCAGUAGUAGUUCUGGUAGUGAGAGUAGCAGUGAUAGUAGUUCCUCCAGUUCUUCGGAAUCCAGUGACUCAGAAACAGGU